AUGCCGAACGCUGCUGCAGCUGUCUCUGUUCGACAGACUCCACCACCAUCCCGACUUGCUGGCGAUCUGGAACGGGAUCACAGCGGGGAUGAAUCCUGGUCCGCUGCCGAUAGCGAGAAUGAUCGUGUUGCGCAGAACGGGUCGAGCGUCCCUCGUGCGCUGAAACGUAAACGACCCCUCACAGUGUCGAAGGUCAAAUGCGAUCGAGCGCAGCCUAGCUGUGGGUGGUGCUCUCGCAAUGGCCAAUUAUGCGAAUACAAGGAACGGAAAAAGCCUGGACUACGGGCAGGCUAUGGAAAGGAAUUAGAACAAAGGCUAGACCGGUUAGAAGAGGUUAUUCAGACGCAGGCUCGCCUAAUCGAGACGCAUAUCAUUCAGAGCCAGCCGACUAGGAGCCAUGAUAUCCCCCACCAAGGACCCUUCUCAUACAGCUCACCAUCAGAGACGGCUCAGGGUCCCAGUCCCAAUAACACCUUCUAUUUCCAUGAUCCAUCAUCUAUCGUGCCCCAACCGCGUCAGUCUGAACCAUCCAUCACCAGUCCUUCGGACAUAUCGGUCAAGAACACCAUACAAAAUCACCUGGCGAGUGCUAUGUCUGCGCCCGUUUCGGUACCACGGUCGACGAAUAACGCGCCACAAGCCAAUGAUUAUAUGGGAAAUGAAUCAUCGCUGAAAGUUCCGGUCAACCUAUAUGCCAACCAGGAACAGUUACUGGCAGAUCCAGAGCUCGAUCUACCCCCGUACGAUCUUCUGUACGCGCUGGUGGACCUCUAUUUUGAACACAUCAAUACCUGGUGUCCCAUUCUUCAUCGCCGUACAACUCUCGAUACAUUCUUCGGACCGUCCCCUCUCGAAGAUGCGGACAGGACAGUGCUCUAUGCCAUCGUUGCAACUACUCUUCGUUUUUCAAGCGACAGUCGGCUUAACGAGCAAAACCGCAAACGAUACCAUGACUCCUCCAAACAGAAGGUCCUACUCUAUGGGCUAGAAAAUUCAUCAGUAAAGGCUCUCCAGGCUUUGGUAAUCCUAGCCCUGGAUCUAGUGGGGUCCUCCAACGGCCCUCCUGGAUGGAAGUUGCUCGCACUGAUUACCCGAUCAGUGGUCCAGCUGGGACUAGCCGUGGAGGCUAAGUCUUCGCUCAUUGCUCCCAGUUAUCCGUCUAUCUAUACUCUUAGGGCGGUAACGCUCCCGGAGCCGGAAUCCUGGAUUGAGGAUGAGAGCAGGCGGAGGCUCUUUUGGAUGGUGUAUUUCCUGGAUCGAUAUUCUACCAUUGCAACCGCCUUUGAUUUCGCCCUGGACGACAAGGACAUAGACCGAAAACUACCAUGUAAAGAUGAAUACUUUCUCAAGAACCAGCCCGUGGAGACAAGAUGGUUCCAACGCUCGAGUGAUCGUGCUGACUACGUGACUCGUGCCGAAAAUGUCGGUAGCUUUGGACUUUAUGUCGAAGUAUUGGGUAUUCUCUCUCGGAUCCAUGCUUUCUUGAAACGACCUGUCGAUAUAGGGGCUUUGUCGGACGUCGAGGAGUGGCAGACUACAUACCGCAAGCUGGACAGCGAGUUAACGUCCUGGGAAUUUGGCCUCCCAGCCGAAUAUGCCUACGAGAACUCCUCCCGGUUGUUCAAUGGAUCCAAGUUUACUAAGGGGAUCCAUUGUGACUGGGUCCAACUUCAUGCCACUUACCAAACUGCGGUUAUCCGGCUCCAUUCAUCAGCAGCGUACCCCACCACACGAUCACCAAUCUUCACCCCCUCAUACAGCGCAAGCCAGCGAUGCCUGCUUGCAGUGGACAACAUCCUCUCCGUGACUCGCUUCGUCGUCGACAAUAACAUGCUCGACAGACUUGGCCCCCCUUUUGCCUUCACUCUCUGGGUAUCUGCACGGCUCCUCCUCGUCCACGGGUCCACAAUAGCCCACACAGUCAGCCCCGACAUCCUCUUCUUCGUCGACACCCUAGCCCAGAUGGGCAAACACUGGAAAGUCGCAGAGCGCUACAGCUCAAUCCUGCAGCGCGUUCUCGACGAAUACGGCGAAUAUCAACAAUCCGGAGUCUCCGACUCGGAACGAGCCACUCCAUCCACCGUAAAAAUCCUAGCAGACAUGCGCCGCUGCGCAUUCGAUCUCGAUUUCCUCAUCUCCCGACAACCCCGCACCUCUCCAGCCGGCAGCCAGCCCUCCGAACCACCAGCGACAGUCAGGAACCCAGCACCCAAUGAACUCGAAUACCUCGACGUCUUCGGUUUCUUCAAUGUCCCCCGUGUUCCCGCUGCUCGGGCGACGGAUAUCCUCAGCCUGGAUAUUGGUGACCCAGUCAACAAUCCCAUGUCAGUCAACGGAUUGACUGGAACAGGCGGCGGCGGCGGUGGCAGCAGCAAUACCAAUCACGUCGUUGAUGGCUCGCAUUCCAAUACGAAUGAAUUCAAUAUCACAAAUUAUCUCAUACCCACACCGGAAAGUGACUGGCUUUUCCGUCCGAGUGGUUGA